AUAAAAAAUAAUAUAUAUUAUUUAAUUAUUAUAAAUAAAUAAAAAUGAAUAGUUUAACUGGUCAAUUUCGUAAAACAACAUGGGAUCCAUUUUUAAUAAUAUCACAAAUAAUAGCUGUACAAACAGUUAUGUAUUUUUUUCUUGGAAUAUGGAUAUGGAUUAUUGCAAGUUAUCUUGGUACAACAAGAUCACUUGAUUAUGCAUUUCAAUAUAAAGAAAUUCAUGUACGUGAUAUAGCUGGUAGACUAGUUGUAACAAUAUUUGUAACAAAUGCAUUUAUUGGAUCAUUAUCACUAUGGUGGCUUGUUCAAAGAACAAAACAAUGUAUGGAUUUUUCUUGUACAGCACAUUUAAUACAUUUAAUUUUUUGUUGGAUAUAUAAUUCAAGUUUUCCAACGACUUUUAGUUGGUGGUGUUUAAAUAUCAUUUCAAUGACAUUAAUGUGUGUUUGUGGUGAAUUUUUAUGCAUGAAAACUGAAUUAAAAGCCAUUCCACUUGGUAUGAAUAGCCAAAAAACUGCCUUAUAAUACUGAAUAAUAUUAAAUGUAUAAUUUAUUUUCAAUAUUUAAUUAAUCAUUAUGUUAAGAGUUUAAUAAAUUUU